AUGGCCGCUUACGAUGACGUGUUCUCGUCAAUGCCUACUCCGCUCCCUGCAGACAACGACUCGCUCUUCGACUCGUACAUAGAUUCGAAUGCUUACCUAGAUCAAUCCUUCUGCUCCAACUUCUCCUGCUGCGGUCAGACGAUCCCCGACCUCCACCAUCUCCUCGACCACUUCGAGGAAGAGCACGUCCUCCCGCUCCCUCUGGAUGAUAACCGGCCCACCUACUCGAGCCCCAUCUAUGCACGCCCCACAGGCCCUCAUGCGAGCUACAUCCUUAGCUAUCCCCAGCCAGACCCGCCUCUCCAUCCUGCUCCCCUCCCCAUCUCGUCUGCCCACGGCCCUCUUCGUGCCAUCCCGAACCUCAGUCACGUCCCAGAUCUCAUCCACUCCCCCGCAUCAACAGCGCCUCCGUCCACAUCGUCCUCCUGCAUCUCCUCCCCCGUUCUCGGAGAACCAUUCUGCCUGCCGCCCGCCCUCUUCUCCUUCCAGCCCUCUCGCGCGCGGACGCCCUCGCAAUCUUCUCGCCGCUCGCAUCCGGCCGACGCUGAUCUCGACAACAUACUGACGCCGAGCCUCGCGCGCUCGGGCAUCGGCCCCCAGCGCACCACAAAAUCGCACCCGCGCGCCGACCCCCUCGCGCGGAGCCGCCCCCUCGCAAAAACUCCGGAACGCGCCUCCGCGCCCUCCGCCCGCAGACGUGACGGCCGCGAGAAAAUGUACAAAUGUCCGUCGUACCUGAACCCGAACGGGCUCAAGUACCACCUCGAAAAGGGGACGUGCACGAACGCGGAGGUGCGCGCGCGCGCGCCGCUCCCGCCCGCCGUCACCGCUGCGGCGCUCACGCCCCUGUCGACGCCCGCCUCCCCGAGCGUGUCGACGCUCGACUCGGUCCUCGACGACGACGAGGCGGACGCGUUCGAGUGUCGGAUCUGA